AUGGCUGCUGGUGCUGAGGUUUCUAUUGAGAGCCCAGUUGUUGCUAAGACCAUUACUGAUGAGAAAAUUGAUAAUUUAGAUUCUGUCGAGUCGAGGGAAAAUAAUGUGACUGAUAAUGGUCUUAAGUGUUCUGAUUCGAACCCGAAAUCCGGUAUGCAAAUGAAAGGAAUUGUUGAUAUGCUGCAGAAGCUCAAGUUGAACCCCAUGGCCAAUGAGUUUUUCCCAUCCUCCUACCAUCAGGGCCAAAUGGGGGCUCAAAAUUUUGUGCCUAGUGAAUUUUUUUUAGGAAAUGAUGGUUUUUCGAUAUAA